AUGGCCGAGCUCCUGCGGCAGAUGGAGCACGAUCGUACCAAAGGGAAACACAAAAGUGCCGAACAAAAAGAGGACAAUGAUGAGCAUACUUCAGAAACCAAGCAAACCAUCCCCAAGACCACAAAGACAAUCGUCAAAAGAACCAAUCCCUUUACAAAACAAGUUAUGAACUUCAAAAUGCCCGAGAAUCUCACCCUACCUUCGACUCUAAAACCCUACCAAGGAAUAGGAGACCCAAAUGUCCACGUCACUAAAUUUUACGCCAUGAUGUUCAUAAAUAAAGAGUUCGACCCCAUCUUGUGCCGAACCUUCCCAACCUUCCUAGACGGGGCCGCACUCAUCGGGAUCUCCAACUUACCCGAGGGUUCCAUCUUAAACUUUGAUGAGCUGGCCGACCAGUUCGUCAAUCACUUCGCUGCGUCAAAGAUCUAUGUCCACAACUCCGAUUAUUUGAGUACCAUUAAACAGGGGCCAAAUGAAAGCCUAAAAGACUACAUGACCAGGUUUGCAAAAGCAACCAAUGAGAUACCUAACCUAAAUUCCGAAGUUUAUCUCCACGCCCUAAAAAGCGACCUCCGACCGGGGAAGUUCCAGAAAUCCAUUGUAAUAGCAAAGCCCAAGACCCUGGCCGAGUUCCGAGAAAAAGUAACAACUCAAAUCGAAGUGGAGGAAUUCCGAGCACUGCGGAGAGCAGAAAAGUCUACCCCGAAUAAGGAGGAAGAAAGACGAAGCAGACACCCGGCCAGCAGGACAGACCAGAGACCGUUCAGACUAACACCCAAGUUUGACACAUACACUCCCUUUAACACAAAAAGGGAGGACAUAGUGAAAGAUAUACUACAUUCCAAGCUCAUCAAACCCCCAAACAGAGCUGGUACUUACCAGGACCAGAGGCACGUGGACAGAUCCAAGUAUUGUGCUUUUCACCAAAAAUACGGUCACACCACAGACGGCUGUGUAAUAGCAAAGGACGUCCUCGAAAAACUGGCACGCCAGGGACUGUUGGACAAAUACAUUGACACCCGCGGACGAAGAAAAAAUACCGAACACAUCGGCCACCAACAGAAAACAAUUGACAACUCCCGAGACAAGGGAAGAAAGGUAGACAAUGAUAACAAUCCACCCCGCAGAAUAAUAAACUGCAUUUCUGGUGGUUUUGCAAGUGGAGGAUGCACGAACUCGGCAAGAAAGAGGUCAUACCGAGCUAUGAUGACUAUGACAGAUUCAACUAUACCUUAG